AUGGGGCUGGCUUUGCUUGCCACAGUGACCUCCGAGGACAACAAAGUGGAAGCACCUUCAACUUCAAGUAGUCUCUGGUGCAUCACCGAAUGUGGGACAUGUCCUUUGAUAUGUUCACCACCACCACCUCCUCUCCUUACAACACCAUCACAUCCUCCACCACCACUAUUAGCACCACCACUAUUAUCAGUACCCUCAGCACCACACUCCCCAUCCUCUUCUUCUUCCACGUUCUCGCCGCCUCCUCCGAAGUCUCAGUCAUCACCACCUCCACAUUCUUCAGGGGCUGCUCCGCCACCGCCACCGCUUUUGAAGCCCUUCAACCCGCCUCCUUCAGGUUCUUCACAGCCACUGCCUACAGUAGUCUCAGGGCCACAUGACUAUAACUACCAUCCCUAUUACUACUUUUACGCUUCACCUGCUUCUUCUCUUUCUACUACUCAUGUGCACUUUUUCCUCUUGUUAUUGUUGAUCCUGAUUGUGUAUUGUAUUGUUGGUAACUAG